GAGAGAACCCCGGAGCGUGGGUGGGGCAGAGCUAUGGCGGAAGCAGACAUCUCUCGGACACGCCUCUUUUGGCUGUCAUAGCGGCUGCUCGACAGGAAGGAGAAAGUGUUGCAGGAAUAGAGUACGAAUUUUGCUAAAACAAUCCCUGUGCGCUACAGUGUUCCGGGAGGACUAGGGAAGUAGUGCGGAUAUUCGGACAUUACAUUUUCUCUGCAGUGAAGAAGGUGGAAGCUAGUCCGGAGACAACAGGCCCGCUAUAUUUUGGCGGGAAGCCAGGUCGAAGCGAAAGAAGCCGGCGGCGAAGCUGACCCACUUCCUAGACUGGCCAGAGGCGCGACUUACAGGUGAUGACACAAAGGCAGAUUUUGUUAAUUUGCCUGCUGCUUUUAAAAGACAUUUAAAGUCAAUUUCCGUGAAAUAAAGUUAUUUCCCUGGCUGAUGCGUCUUUCAGAAGAAAACUGCACGAGUGUGUGAUAAAACUGGCUAAGCACUGCACCAGCAUUUUUCUACCUUUCUCCCUGCUUCCCAGGCAUCCCUAGUGCUGAUUAUUGUUCAUGCAUGAAUAGUAGAGCAAACUGGCAAGUUUUAUUCUGCUGCACAUGUGGGAUUACAAAAAGCCCAGGAUUUAAAGGAACCUACCUGCAGUUUAUCAGUCCUUGUGGUUAAAUCAGAAUUUGUCUUUAGACCACUGCUAGAAAUCAAGGGAUUUAAUUGCUGCUAUGUCUAAUCCCCUUAAACAAGUCUUCAACAAGGACAGAACCUUCCGUCCCAAGAGAAAGUUUGAACCAGGUACUCAGCGCUUUGAGCUGCAUAAGAAGGCUCAGGCAUCCCUUAAUGCUGGACUUGAUUUGAAGUUGGCAGUUCAGCUCCCACAUGGGGAGGACCUAAAUGACUGGGUAGCAGUACACGUGGUGGAUUUCUUUAACCGGAUCAACUUAAUAUAUGGUACCGUCAGCGACAGCUGCACUGAGCAGUCUUGCCCUGUUAUGUCUGGUGGUCCGAAAUAUGAAUACCGUUGGCAGGAUGAUAACCGCUAUAGAAAGCCCACUGCUCUUUCUGCUCCAAAGUACAUGAAUUUACUUAUGGACUGGAUAGAAGUUCAAAUAAACAACGAGGGAAUAUUUCCUACAAAUGUCGGUACUCCAUUUCCAAAGAACUUCCUUCAGGUGGUGAAAAAAAUCCUCUCUAGGCUUUUUCGGGUAUUUGUACAUGUGUAUAUACAUCACUUUGAGCGGAUUAUCCAAAUGGGAGCAGAAGCACAUGUCAACACUUGCUACAAACACUUUUAUUACUUUGUAACUGAGUUUAAUUUGAUAGACACCAAGGAACUUGAACCAUUGAAGGAAAUGACUUCGCGGAUGUGCCACUGACAAAGGACUUAUUCUUGGUUUUAUGUUUCCACAUCCUGCUGAUGCCUGUGGAGCCUGUCACAUUACUGCUGAACAUGUACCCCUCUGCCAGCAGAGAGGUCACCCAGAAGUGCGGACUCUAUCCCUUUUGAUAAAACGUAGAAAUCUGAAUGUGAUUUAUUUUUUAAAUCUAUUUUUAAAUCGCUGGCACUUCAUAAAACCUGUCAUAUUUCAGGACAACUCUUUUCUAUCGCCUGUAUAUCAAUUUCUAUGCAUAGAUUUAUUUUUUGUAUGUUUGUAGCAUUUCAUUCUGUUGUGUUGCAUAGGUUAAAUGUGCAGGAAACCUCAUACACAUUCCUGUACUGUAAUCACAAGCAUAUAAAGGAACAUUACCACUUAAAAAAUGCAGUACUGCUUUUAGGGACCAAAUAUUAGGCUUUUUACCAGGGCCUUCUGUAUUUGCAGACUUGCUGAUACUUGUAGGGAUUUCACCAUGGGACUAUGCCUUGUUAUCUUGGUUUGGGAGCAAUACGCUAGCAUACCCCUUGUUUCAUUGAGGCUUGUGGUACAUGCAAGUGCAUCAGAGGGCUGCAUGUCUUUUUCUGAAUGAUAUGAGUUAUCACAGUGAAGUUUCUAACUAAAUCCUUGCACUGCUUCCAGCAUAUACUGUUAUGCCACUUGUAUGUCACAGUAGAUAUUAAGGAAGCAUCUGGUAACUGCCAGACCAAGCAUUUUACUUGUGCUGUAAGUCUGUUAUCUCUAUGAGCCAAGCAUAUGAAUUCCAUGCAUAUGCUGCUAAUUGUUCAUUUGUGCCUUAUAUAGUUCUAAGGAGAGAAUACUUUUGUAUAUAAUGCACUGAAUACACAUGCAGUAGUUACGGAGAGAAACUGCAUUUUUAGAAAGUGUAAUUCAUUUCAUCAUAGCUGUAUAACUGACUAAAGUGAUUUAUAAUACAGGAUUUUAGUGGAUUGUUCCCAACUAUACAUUAGGGAAAUGAAUUUUCUGAAAACAUGUCUUCCUAAAGAAUUUAUGGACCAUCCACAUGUCCUCCCCCAGUAGCCUGAUACAUGUGUGCACCUUCUUUCUUUUUUUAUCUUUUUAUUGUGAGAAUAGUGAAUAACGUUUUCAUAUUACUCUCUUCCACAGUAGCAAUUGGUUAUAAUACUUUUCUAUGUUUAGACUUCCCAGCAUGCAUAUCUGGUUUACCCAUAAUUUCCAUAUUUUCUGGAAAUAUUCUGGCUGAACCUAUGGCUUUGCACAGAAUAUUGCCACUUUUGUGUUUUACUUUGCUGUUUACUUCAGUGAGUUUUGGCUAUUUGUUGUAUUGAUAAAAACAAUAGAAUAGGUAGGAUUCACUUCUGGCCACCUGACAAUUGCCAUCCUCAGCUGGGACACUGACACUAGAAGGUGGGUGUUGGAUACAAGGCAUCCAGAUUCCCAUUGAUCUGGCAGUAUAAGCAGUGCACACAAUAAAUAGAAGUUUAUAUUCUUUCAAACACAGCUACUGGGGAGCUUUAUUUAGACUCAUUUGGAAGUAGACCUUUACAUACAGGGUCCAGGGUGGUGGGGUACUCCCCCCAGUCCCUGUGCUUUUUUUUUUUUUUUUUUUAAAGCAUGGAAAUUAAUGUGUUCUGAGUAGUUGUGCUCACUGAUGAAUAGCUUAUACAUUCUUUUUUGCCCAUAUAGCUGGUCAUUUUGUUGGCCAAAUAAAACUUUCUCCUUCAGAAAGAAAUCAUGACGGAGCUCUAUGAAAAGGAAGAAAAAUAACUGAGAAAUAUGAAUCUGUUUAAAGGAACUUAAUGUUUUGUAUUGAGAACUGCAUCACACAGCUUAGUAAAGGUAUUAUUAUUAGAUAUUAAUGAGCAGCAGUUGGGUUAUUAAAACACAUGUUAGUGAAAGAUAGAUGUUUAUAGAUAGUAUGUUUAUUGAGAAAAAUCCUACCCUGACAGUCUAAAUCUGAUUCCUUCUCUCACAUUUGAAAUGAUUAUAUUAAAGACAAAUGGAGUGAUGAUGUUCCCCCUAUGAGAUUAAAGUAGUUGUUUCUACUUCACUAAACAUAUAUUUUAGAGUAAUUAUCCCAAACUAUAGAUCUUUCAUUAGUGGAAGUAGCUGUUUCUCUUAUCAAUGUCAUUAAGCUGGUGAUGUAAAUGAAUGUUUCUUUCAUUUUUAAAUCAAUCAGGAAUUAUAAACUAGUGUAGCUAGGUCGAUUUGCUGGCAUAUAGUCGCCGUUCUUCAAUGCCUGUUAUUUCCACACAUUCCCAAUUCUUUCACUAGAUUUAUUUAUUAAAUGCACUUUUUAUGUAACCACUAAUAACUAUCUGUGCCGUUUUGCUACCAUUGUACAAAGGAAGCGUCAUGGCAUUGUUUAUAUGGGGUGAGGCAUUCACACUCAGCUGGGUACAAGUGAUGCCCCUAAAAGUUUUGAAUGCUUUUAUAAACUGGUUUUCAUGCACAUUUCAUUCAAAGAAUGUUUUAUGGUUUAAAAUUGCAGGUGGUCCACCUUUUUAAACUUGGAAAUGUACAAAGAUUUUAUUUUCAUACACAAGGCCUUUUCAAGUGCCUAGUUUUUGCUAACCACUGUCACAAGCAUCCUCUGUUUUUAUUAUAGUGCAAAUAAAUUAUGCAGUGUCUAAAAUGGA